CCAGGCGGCGGUGAUUCAUAUAGACCGCGAAUGCCUCAGAGUGACUUCACUUUCCGUGUUGACAAGCCCGCUGGAAUCCAGGAUUACCCAUCCAACAACUAUCGCGGUUCAUACGAUCGCCCGCGCCGAGCCCCAGGUCGUGGACGAGGUGGCCGACGAUGGCAGCCACCGCCUCAUCCUUCCGAGAGAGCCAUCGUUUCUAGCGCGACAGCAAACCUUCCCGAAGAGCGCCUAGGAGAAGAGGGUACUGCCAAGUUCCGACCCAUCGACGAGCUUUCGGACGAUGAUGAGCUUGAGAUGGACAUUUCCGACUCCGAGGAGACCGAAGGCCCCUCCAAGAAGCGCGCCAAAACCGGCGACGACUCUGCAUCUGGUGAUGCCGCGCCUAAGUGGUCCAAUCCCGAUCCAUACACAGCACUUCCGUGCCCCGACGAGAGUACGCGGAAGAAGCGAGAUAUGGUGAAGCUGAUCCGAAAGGCUCGAGUCGAAGAUGAAACCGCUGCCAAACUUGCCGCCUCAACCGAAGCCGAGGACUUUAUCUCGUUUGAUCUCACUGAAGAUGAGGCCAGUGAGGACGAAGUGGUAGAAGUCCCCCCUCCCCCACGUGAAGCGCCGCCGCCACCACCGCCCACGAACGCCCCCUCUGGCCCGAAGGCCUCGACUGGACCUCUCAACGCGGUAAAGGAGCCUCUGCCAGCUGGACCCAAGCACCUACCUCUUCCUCCGCGAGACACUGGUGGCCCUCUCGGCUCUCGCAAGCGAACAGCGAACGACGAGAUCAAGCCUCCCGACUAUGGCCAACUCAAGAAGAUCAGCACGAAACCUUCUAAGGGCAUGCUGCUGUCGAACUGGCAGCCCAAGUCAAGCGAGGAUCCCUGCCCUUGGGCCACAGUCGACCAUUCUGCUACAACAGACAUGGCGUUUCGGCUACACAAGGAGAUCAUUGACUUUUACGAAUACGUGAGACCCCGCGAUUUCGAGCAGCGCAUCCGCGACAACCUUGUCGAGAACCUGCGAAAGGCGAUGCGACGCGACGGUCGAAACUUUGCGAGCGCGACAGUCCACCCCUUUGGAUCCUACAUGUCCGGCCUCUACCUCCCCACUGCAGACAUGGACCUGGUUGUCUGUUCAGCAAGUUACAUGCGAGGUGGUCCGCCGACUUACCUGGCAGCCAAGAGCUGGCUAUACAAGUUCUCCAAGUUCCUCACCAGUCAACGCGUUGCAGAUCCUGAUUCAAUCGAGGUCAUUGCGCAUGCCCGGGUUCCCCUGGUUAAGUACGUUGACAAGCAAACUGGCCUGAAAGUGGACAUUUCGUUUGAGAACCUGGGCGGUGUUCAGGCCGUCGAUACAUUCCUCCGGUGGAAGGAGCUCUAUCCUGCCAUGCCCAUUCUCGUGACUGUGAUCAAGCACUUCCUCCUCAUGCGUGGUCUCAAUGAGCCUGUCAAUGGAGGCAUUGGUGGUUUCUCGGUUAUCUGCCUGGUGGUCAGUAUGCUGCAACUCAACCCACAGGUCCAAAGCCGCAGUCUCGUCCCUGAGCACAACCUUGGCGAGAUGCUCCUCGAGUUCUUGGAACUGUACGGUCGUGAUUUCCGCUACGAGACCAACGCCAUCUCCCUCACCCGGCCGGUUGGGUACAUUCGAAAGAACGACGUGUCGACUUUCAGCUACAAGAACAAGGAUCGCUUGUCCAUCAUCGACCCCAAUAACCCUGGCAACGAUAUUUCGGGCGGAUCAUCCAACACCCCGGCCAUCCUGUCCCGUUUCCAUGACGCGUUUAACACGUUGCGUGAUAGGAUGACGGCUCUUGCCCGGAACCCGAAUCGAGGAAACAUCCUGGAGGGGAUCCUAGAGGGCGAUUACUCGUCCUUCCAGAUGCAGCGAGACUUUCUC